AUGGUGCCUGAUCGACUAACCUUACAAAUGAUGGAAAAGAAGCCGACAGAGACUUUUCGACAAUAUGCACAAAGAUGGAGGGAUAUCUCGACUCAGGUAGAGCCUCCGCUAACUAAGACAGAGAUAAUGGUCCUCUUCAUUAAUACUCUCAAAGCGCCGUUUUACGAUAAAUUGGUAGGAAGUGCCACAAAGGACUUCGCGGAUAUUGUAAUAUCCGGGGAGCUUAUUGAAAACGCCGUCAAGAGUGGGAGAAUGGAAGGCCCUGAGAGUUCGAAGAGGGUAGUACCCGCAAAGAAAAAGGAGGCAGAGGCUCAUAUGGUUGGAACCGAGAGUCCUUACCAUCAAGCACCUCCGUCUUACCUCGUUUAUGCUAUGAAUAACCAAAGACCAUUCACCUUGUUCCCACCAAACACCAUGCCUACACAAAGUCAACCUAAAAAUGAUCAAAGACCAGCAAGACCCAUUCCUGAAAAACAUCAAUUCACCCCAAUUCCUGUGCUAUACGGAGAAUUAUACCCGAAACUGUUGGAGAAGCAAUUGAUAUCCCCACAUUAUAUGGCACCCCUGAAGCCCCCUUACCCGAGGUGGUAUGAUCCUAAUGCUAGUUGUGUGUAUCACGCUGGGAAUCAAGGACACUCUACAGAAAAUUGUGUGGCCUUUAAAAAGAGGGUUCAAGGUCUCAUCGAUGCUGGCAUUUUACGAUUUGAUGGUGUUAGCAAUGUGACGGGAAAUCCUCUUCCUAACCAUACUGGCGGGAAUGUAAAUGCGGUGACAGAUGAAGACAGUUGGCAAGCCAAAUGUGAUGUUAAUGAAGUAAGGACACAUUUGAAGAAGGUAUGGGAGAUGAUGAUUGAAAAUGGCUUGCUCUGUCCGUCUAGUAAGAUCCUUAAAGAAGAAAGUACAAAAGACCAGAGUUUCUGUGAUUUUCAUGGCAUCGAAGGGCAUGACAUCCAAUCUUGCAGGGAAGUUAGAAAAUUACUUCAAGACAUGAUGGAUAACAAGGAGGUCAAAGUCUUUGAUAGUGUGGAAGGGGCCGAGGAGAGAGAAAUAUGUGCCUCUGAUGAUCAAUUGAUGGCUUUCCCCUAUAGCGUCGAUAGACCCUUGGUGAUUUAUUACGAGGCAAAGAAGGAAGAAGUUAGUCGAGAAGUUAAACCAAGUUUGAUAAGUGAAGUACCUGCUCAUUUCCCUUAUAAGGACAACAAGGCAGUGCCUUGGAAUUAUGAUGUCAAUAUCAUUGUACCUGAGGGUGAAAAGUCCAAGGUUGUGAGUGAAGGUGUUAGCGGAGUAGAACAUUUUACUCGUAGUGGAAGAUGUUAUUCUCCGAAGACGGUUGAGCCAAAGAAGAAGGUUGCUGGUCCGAGCCAAAAAGGAAAAGCACCAAAGUAUGAGGUUGAGGAUGAUGUUGAAACACAACUUGAGCAGGAAGAUAAAAAGGCUGUGAAUGAGGAGGAAGCACAUGAGUUCUUAAAGUUUAUUAAGCACAGUGAAUAUAGCGUCGUAGAACAAUUAAACAAGCAGCCGGCCCGAAUCUCGGUAUUGUCUCUAUUGUUGAACUCGGAGCCACAUCGAAAUGCCUUGUUAAAAGUGUUAAAUCAAGCUUAUGUGGUGAACAAUGUAUCCGUGGAAAAGCUUGAUAGGUGGGCAAAUAAUUUAAAUGCAGAUAAUUUCAUCUCUUUUAGUGAUGACGAAAUACCGCCAAAUGGUAGGGGCUCCGUAAAAGCAUUGCACAUCACAACCAAUUGCAAAGGUUACAUAUUACCAAAUGUGAUUAUCGACAAUGGAUCUGCACUCAAUGUUAUGCCCUUGGCCACGCUUUCUAGGAUGCCGGUUGACAUGUCUUAUCUGAGGCCUUGUUAUUCUACAGUAAGGGCAUUUGAUGGGACACGGCGAGAAGUCAUGGGAAAGAUCAAAAUUCCUUUAAAAGUGGGGCCAUAUGAAGACCUUGGAUCCAUUCUGUGGGCGCCUUCAUCUCUCCAUCAAAAAGUAAAGUUCAUCAUGGAUAGCCGUUUGAUUACUGUUGGUGGUGAGAAAGACAUCAUCGCAUCUAUCUCUACUGAUGCACCCUACAUCGAAAUAAGCGAGGAGGCGGUAGAAUGUUCUUUUCGCUCCUUGGAAUUUAUCAAUGCUACAUUUGUUGCUGAAGGGAAUAAGAUCCCCAUUCUCAAACUGUCAAGGAAUACCGGGAUGAGAAUUAAGCUGACUGUGGGAAAAGGAGCUCGAGCGAGGAAAAGUUUGGGAAAAUAUCAACAAUGGAUGGUUAGAGCUUUGAAACCAACGCACCAGAAGGGCCGAUACGGUUUGGGGUUCAAACCAGAUAUACAUCAAAGAAGAAAACAAUUGCAGAAAGAUCGAGAGAGAAGAAUCGCAAGGGCUUCAGGCCAGGAAUUAGGGUGGGAGCAGUUAGUGUAUCCUCCUUUGUUAAGAACAUUUACAUCAGCAGGAGUGAUGUACCCAGGGCAGAACAACUCGUAA